AUGCUCGCGCGGAGGAGUCCCUUUUCGAAGCUGCUGAGCAGCAGGACGGCCCAUGUCGUCUUUAGAAGAGGCCUCCCCAAGUUGGUCUCUCUGCCCAGGCGGCACAAAAGCAGUACCAAGGAAUCGCAAGACGCCUCCGCGAAGGACGCACCGGUGAAAGAUGCAACCAAUCAUCACUUCAGCCACCACAGGUACGUGGACUUCUACCGUGAUGAAUCAAUGAGCGUUGGCAUUGUAAGAUUUAGAAACAUCAUCAAUGGGAAAAAGAAUAUCUUUGGAGAUGUCCUAGACGAGCUGAAGAAUGUCAUAGAACACAUCACCAACAUCAUGUCCAAUGAGGAGAUGAACGCCUUCUACAUAAAAGAGUUUCCACGGAGGGAAAACUACUUGGUGAAGAAUUUGCGCAACAGGAUUCCUUACUUGGACAAUCGGAUGAAGGUCCUGAUCCUUAGCGGGGAGGGUGGACAGACUAAGGGUGCAGGCGGUGGUAAGGAUGGUGAGGCUGCCACCACCACCGCUUCCACCCCGGACUAUAACUCCUUCCUGAAGAACGACGAGCAGCUGAACGUGCAGCUUGCCAAUUCAUUCCGCUACCUAUGCAACACAAUUCAGAAUCUGCCGCUAAUCACAAUAAGCAGCAUCAACGGGCAGUGCUACAACAGUGCAAUGGAUCUGAUGCUCUCCACGGAUUUCAAAUUGUCUAGUGAAGACAGCACCUUUGGAUUUAAUAAAACACAUUUAGGAUUAUUUCCCUACGGAGGGAGCACACAGAAGCUGUUCCGAGCCAUUCCAAUGAGUUACGCAAAGCAUUUGCUACUUACAGGAGAUACCAUAAGAGCGAAGGACGCACUGAGGAUUAACCUAAUCGAUAUAUGUAUGAAUCAAAAUGAGGAGCAUUUUAUAGACAACUCUUGUGUUCACUUUGAUAGCAGCUUGACGAAAAAGCAGAAGAUGGAGAUUCUAAAACAAAGUGUUGUAACUUUCUUUCCUGAUAUUUUUUCAAAUGAAUUAUUUAAUGACAAGAUGAAGGAUAGUUGUUUUGUCUUUUCCCUUUUUUUUGCCUUCCACUUUCUGUUCAUUCCUACGAACAUUUUACAGAAUGUUAAAAUGAGCAUCAUGGAGGGCAUGUCGCUGAACGAGCCCAAUUUGUACCUUGAUCACGAUAGGGCCCUUUUCGAGCGGAAUAUCAACGCACCUCAGAGGGGGGAGAUCCUCGCCUACUUGAAGCGGAGAGCUAGUGGCGCGGUUACAGUGCCCACGUGA